GGAAACGCGGCCUGAAGUGGAUAAACGUUUUUCGUUGGAGACACUCCGGUGUCUGCUUUCUCAGGAAAAAGCCUGUGCUUUCCCCUCGAGGAAACGUCCCGCCCCCUUUUUGGACGUCUGUGUACACUCGCUCCUCGCUGGUUUGCCCUCGACUCGGGCGGCAGCUGGCGAUAGAGCUGCUCUUCGCAGCGAGGAAACAGGACGCGAGUUUCCUCUUUGCUUCGUUUGUUUUCUCGUCACCGUUCUUUCUCGAAAGGUGCCUCUCCGCCCCCCUCCGCGCUGCGUGUGCAGGCAGCCGAACACUGUCGCCGUCCGCGUUGAGGCCGUUCGCUCGCGGAGACAGAGAGGCAACAGCUUGAGAAGAAAAGGAGACACUCGAAGAAGCAACGAAGCAACCGGAAGACGAAAAGGUCCGGAGUCGUCUGUCGCCUUCGCCUCUCCUCUUCAGGUUCAAAAUGGAGGCAAGCAGGUCCUCGGAGAAAUGCGAAGUUGAAAUCCUUCUCUUGGAGACAGGAAAGGAGCUCGGCCGGAGUCCUGCGCAAAUGCAGCCCUUCGUCGACAAGCUCGUCAAGGACAACUGGCUAGACACUGCAGACAGCCUACGCGCCCUGUCGGCUCCCCAGUGGUCGCAGUUGCAACUACCUCUACGUCUCGAAGAACUUUUAAAAAAAAAAUUAAACGCAUCUCCAGCGCCAACUUCUUCUGCCUCUGCGUCCUCGGGCUCCGUUGCGUUCUCUCCUUCUGUUUCGUUCUCGCCAUGUUCUUCAUCUCCUGCCGCGCCGGCCGCUUCCCCUGCAUCUCCAGCCUCGAGGGAGGAACAAGCUUCUUCGUCCACAGGCAGCGAGACGGAGGCGCCGAAAAAGCGAGAGGGCAACGUAUUCACAGAAGAAGACUUUGCUGUCGUCUACGCAGCUGUCACAGACGAAACGCUCUUCCCUUUCUCGCUCACAGAGGCAAUAGAAAAACUCCAAAUCGACGUGCCUCGCGAUUCGCUGGCAGGGGUGCUUCGAACGUUGUUCACAGUCAUCGAUGGCGUUCUUGCGCAGCCCUCGAACCCAAAGAAGCGACGGCUGCGAAAAGCAAAUUCUUCUUUUCACAGUCAGGUUGGUCAAUUUCGAGCGGCGGUGAGAGUGAUGGAGGCCGCGGGCUUCUGCGAAGGGAAGAUGCGCGAUCCUGCGUCUGGCCUGUUGGAUGAUUUCUGGGUCAUGGACACAGCCUACGUGAUGCGACUGACAGACGCCCACCACCUUCUCGCACAGCUGGCUGAGCAUGCAGGCGUCCCCGCUCCACCCCUCCCGUCGUCGGGCUUCAAUCCGUACAGUUCGUCCAUCGUCUCUGCGUCAGGCACCUCUUUGAGUCAAGUGGCGGGCCAGCAUGGGCAGAUGAGGAAAAUCGAAAACGCUCAGCUGAAGGAGAAAAUUCGGCAGCGAGAACAACUCCUCGAGACAGGAGGAGGCGAAGAAGUCCCGUUGUCGCCUGCGGUGUAUGCACUGGAAGAACUGCGUCAGCGGGAGAAAGCAGAAAAAGCUUCUCUUGCUCACGAAAGCUCCGAUGUGGACGAGGCUCCGGCAGGCGAGAAGCCCACUCUGACCGCAGCAGACAUUGCUCGGAUUAAGGAGAUCAUGGGAGAAGGUCUGUCCUUCCGGUCGCGCAUGCAGCAGCAGUUGGAGCAGCUGGAGAAAAGAAAAGUCUUCAAAAGUUGCACGGUUCGAGUUCUUCUUCCCGACCGAGCUGUCCUCCAGCUGUCUUUCGCUCCUCAUAAAACUUUGCGAUUUGUGCGCGAGCAAGUUCAACAGUUUUUGCAUCCACUGCUGCGGAGUUCGUCUGGAGGUGAAGCGCGAGAAGAAUGUUUCUCGCGCUGGUUUCUUUGUGAAACGCCGCCGCUGAGGAAAGUCGAGUUGCACAAGACUCUGUAUCAAGAGGGGCUCUUGCCAAACUGCACUCUCCACCUCAAAUUUCCAGACGCCUGUCCUCGCUUCCCACACUCCUUCCUUGACCCCGAGGCUCUCCAACUCCACAACUUGAGAUAUUCAGCCCUCUCGCCUUCCUCUUCUUCUUCAUCUUCUUCUUCCUCUUCUUCUUCCUCUUCUUCCUCUUCUUCCUCUGAUUCGUCACCCGGUGACAUCAGUGGGGGUUCUCGUUCUGUGGUGGCGAGUGCAGAGAGACACGCAGAUCGACUGAAUGAGCAACUGAGUGCGCAGAGCGGAGGCGAGGGCGUUCCGCAAGUCGCGAGACUGUCUUCCGCGUCUGGGCCUUCGGGUGGAAGUGCAGCCGAGCGGAUGCAGGGUGGAGAGAAGAGCGCGGUGACGAAGAAGUCCUCUUUAGCGAGAAGCCUCUUUAAGCGAAAGUAGAGGACCAGGGAGGAGGGAGAGGGGAAAAGGAAGGGGAAAGGCAGAGAGAAAAGCUGUGUUGGAGGUGAGAGGAAGAAGCCUUGGUUUUUUGCCAAGACACCAGCGCAAGAUUCCUCAGGAACAGGAUCGGAAGACUCUCGGCGUAUAAGGCACUCUGAGCGAGUGUCAAAAAUCUUCGUCGAUUGCCUUCGCUGAAAGAGAAGAACGGAUAGAGGGAAUAUGGCUGUCGAAAACCUUCGAAGAAGACCAAGAAACGCGUCAAAACACACUCUUCUCAUGUGAAGGCACAACACGCAUACGAACUUGUGUGCAUAUAUAUAUAUAUAUAUAUAUAUAUGCAUGUAUGUAUGUAUGGUAUUGUUUGUUGUGUGUUUGCGUACACAAAAGAGGAAUGAAGAUGGAGAAGGGAAUGACGAGGUGACGAGGUUGUUCUUCAAGGGAGAGUGUGAAGAGGGAGAUUUUGGAGACAAGGUCUGCGAAGGAAAGUCGGGGAUAGCACGGCGUAUGAGAAACCAAGAGGGGCAGAUCGCAGCUUGCCAGCACUGAAGACGAUCAAGCGCGUAUUCUUUUGAGAGUUUUCAGAGCCUGCUAUGUUUCUUACUUCCUCUCGAGGUCAGGAAAAGGAGUUUGUGCGUCGCGAAGAAUCCAAACUCCCGGCAGAAGCGUUACACCAGAGUGUCUCUUUUGAAUUUUCCCGCGAGACAGACGCGCGUCUCUCGGUGUGUUGUGGGGCGG